AUGUCUUCCAGCGAAGGCUUCAGUGAUGAUGAUUUUAUUGUGAGUUCCGCAAGCAGCUCACCCAAGGCAAAGAGACAUAAGCCCGCGGCUAAACCCACGAGGAAGACACCACCAGCCUCAAAUGGCAGUGCAGUUAACAACUCAGAGAAUGGUACCACUAGAAGCUCCACCGCAAACAAUGUUAAUGUUUCCGACCAAUACCAGAAACUUUCUCAGUUAGAGCAUAUUUUGAAACGUCCUGACACUUAUAUUGGCUCCGUAGAGAAACACGAAUCCGAACAAUGGAUUUACAACAAGGAAACGGAAUCUAUGGAAAGGAAAGUUGUGAGCAUUGUUCCAGGGUUAUUCAAAAUAUUUGAUGAGAUCCUUGUUAACGCAGCCGACAACAAGAUUCGUGAUCCUUCCAUGAAGAACAUCGAAGUUACUAUCAAGCCUGAAGAGAAUCUGAUUGAGGUGAAAAAUGAUGGAAAGGAACUGAUCUUUGGAAACCUGUUAACUUCGAGUAAUUACAAUGAUGACCAAAAGAAAGUCACUGGUGGCAGAAAUGGAUAUGGGGCCAAGUUAUGUAACAUCUUCUCCACAGAGUUUAUCGUGGAAACUUACGAUAAAUCUUCGGGAAAAUUAUAUACCCAGCGAUGGAGUCAAAACAUGGGUAAAACCGAUAAGCCUGUUAUCAAAUCAAUAAAAAAGGCAACUGAGUAUACCAAGGUUUCUUUCCGUCCAGACUUAGCAAAGUUCAACAUGACUGAACUGGAUGAAGAUAUCUUGGGAGUUCUACGCCGACGUGUCUUUGAUCUUUGUGGAUCUGUUCGUGAUAUUAGCGUUAAACUUAACGGUGAAAAGCUUAAAAUCAGAAAUUUCAAGCAGUACGUUGAGAUGUACGUCAAGGCUCUGGAGCACAAGAAUGAUCCGAUCAAAACAGAAGACAGCUCGUUACUUCCACCUCCAAGUUCCAGUUCUCCUUCUCAAACUAUCGUCUAUCAAACAUUGAACGAUCGAUGGGAGAUUGCUUUUGCUGUUUCAGACUCAACCUUCAAUCAGGUCUCCUUUGUGAAUUCUAUUGCCACCACUUCAGGGGGAACUCAUGUUAAUUUCAUUGCAGAUCAGAUUGUUAAAAAGAUUGAAAAAGAAAUCAAGACAAAAAACAAAAAAGCCAUGAUAAAACCAUUUCAGAUCAAAAAUAAUAUGUUUCUAUUUAUCAACUGUUUGGUCGAAAAUCCGGCUUUCACUUCUCAGACAAAGGAACAGUUGACCACCAGAGCAUCACAAUUUGGAGGCAAAAAGACUGAAGUUCCAGAUGACUUUAUAAAGAAAAUUUUGAGAACAGGAAUUGUGGAUGCCAUUUUGGAUAUCGCUGCCAUGAAUGCUGAUAAGGCGUUAAAGAAAAAUGACGGGAGCAGAAAGAAUAGAAUUACUGGAUACCCCAAGUUAGAAGACGCCAACAAAGCCGGUACCAAAGAAGGUUACAAAUGUACGCUGAUUCUCACAGAGGGAGAUUCGGCCUCUUCGUUGGCUGUUGCAGGUUUGGCUGUUGUUGGUAGAGAUUAUUACGGCGUCUAUCCGUUAAGAGGUAAGAUGCUUAACGUGAGAGAAGCAAGUGCCGAUCAAAUCAUGAAGAAUGCUGAAAUUCAGGCUAUCAAACAAAUUAUGGGAUUCCAACACAAGAAGAAUUAUACUCCUGAAAACAUCAACUCUCUUCGCUACGGUCACAUAAUGAUCAUGACUGAUCAGGAUCACGACGGUUCCCAUAUUAAGGGACUGAUUAUAAACUUCCUGGAAAGCUCCUUCCCAGGUUUACUGAAAGUUCCUAACUUUCUUUUGGAGUUCAUAACUCCCAUUGUUAAGGUUACCAUUACCAGUGGUCCAGAAAAACGUAAGGUAAUUCCCUUUUAUAGUAUGCCUGAGUAUGAAGCUUGGAGAGAGCAGAAUACAGAAUCGUUUAAGCAGAAGUACUACAAAGGUCUGGGUACAUCUCUUGCCGAAGAAAUGAGAGAGUAUUUCUCACAAUUGGACAAACAUAUGAAAACGUUUCACGCUUUGCAAGACGUAGACCCUGGAUUUAUUGAUUUGGCAUUUUCCAAGAAGAAAGCUGAUGAUCGUAAGGAAUGGCUUCGUGGAUUUGAACCCGGUGUACAUCUGGAUCCUGAUUUAUCCAUCAUCCCAAUUUCCGACUUUAUCAAUAAAGAGUUGAUUCUUUUCAGUAUGGCAGAUAAUAUUCGAUCCAUUCCGUCAAUGUUGGAUGGUUUCAAGCCUUCUCAGAGAAAAAUUCUUUACGGUUGUUAUAAAAGGAACCUAAGAAGCGAAAUCAAGGUUUCACAGCUUGCUGGUUAUAUUGGUGAACAUAGUGCUUACCAUCAUGGUGAUCAAUCACUGAUUCAAAGUAUAAUUGGUUUGGCUCAGGACUUUGUGGGCAGUAAUAAUUUAAACCUUUUACAGCCAAUUGGAGGAUUUGGUUCCAGAGCUCAAGGAGGUAAAGAUGCCUCCGCAGCAAGAUAUAUUUUCACUGACUUAUCGAAGAUUACAAAGAAAAAUUUUUCAUGUCAGGGUAUCGGAACUGGUUGGAGUACUAACAUCCCCCCUUUUAACCCAGUUGACAUUGUUGCCAACAUUAGGAGAUUGAUGGAUGGUCAGGAAAUGGAGGAAAUGAUUCCAUGGUAUCGUGGCUGGAAUGGUUCCAUUACCAAAAUAAGCGCUGAUAAAUUUCGAAUGGAAGGUAACAUAGAGCAGAUUGAUGACGAAACAAUAGAGAUUACUGAAAUCCCAGCCAAGACCUGGACGAUCAACAUGAAAGAAUUUUUAUUGAAUGGUAUAGCAGGGAGUGAAAAACAGAAAUCUUGGAUCAAGGAUAUGGAAGAACAGCAUGGAAUGGAUCUUAAGUUUGUAAUCACUUUAACUAAAGAAGAGAUGAAAAAAUCUUUGCAAAUGGGAUUGAAAGAAAGAUUUAAGUUGAUCACUACAAUCAACGUUGGCAACAUGGUUGCUUUUGAUGCUGCUGGAAAAAUUAAGAAGUAUGACAACGUGAACGAAAUAAUUGAAGACUAUUAUCAUGUCAGACUGGACUUCUACCAACGUCGUAAGGAUCAUUUAGCAGAAGUACUUGGAAAUCAGUUGGAGAAAAUAAGCUCUCAGGCUCGGUUUGUCAAGAUGAUUAUUGAAAACGAACUCCGAGUAAAUAACAGAAAGAGAAUUGAAUUAAUUGAAGAGUUACAAAGAUUGAACUUUCCAAAGUUCUCUAAAGAUGGCAAACCAAUUUGGCAGCAGGUUGAUCAGGAAGAGAUCACGGAAGCAGAGAUCAAGGUCGAGGAAGAAGAAGAAGAAGAAAUAGAUGAUGAAAAUCUUUUAAACAAAUCAGUGAACAUUUUUGCUUCUUAUGAUUAUCUCUUAGGUAUGCCAAUCUGGUCUUUAACCCGAGAGAGGUAUCAUAAACUGCUACUGCAAAAAGCUGAGAAAGAAGAUCAGUUAACUGAACUGUUGAAACUUAGCGCUAAGCAAAUAUGGAAUAAGGAUCUUGAAGUCUUUUUAGAAGAGUGGCAUGCUUUCUUGAAAGAGGACGAGGAGAAGCGGGCAUCUUCCUUUAAGAAGUCAGGGCCUGCAGCCAAGAAAAAGAGAGUGAGACGUGUGAAAAAGGAAAAUGACGAGAAUGAUCCAGACUUUGGAUCAAAGAAACCAAAGACGGUUGCAAAGAAAGUCCUCAACCCAAAAACAAAACCCAAGAGUGCUUCUUUGAUGGGUAGUUUGUCAGACAUAACCAGUGAGCUUGACAAGAAUCUUGAAAGUUUUAUGCCAUACUUCAAAGUCACGCAGCUGAGAUCGGCGAUUGCGAUGCCUCAAAAAUACAAGGACACAUUGUUUAAAUUGGGGCUGGGUAAAAGAGGCAAGAUUUCUUUCAGAAAAGUGAAUCCUCAACAGGCUGGUAUGUUGGCUACGGUGAAAGAGCUAGUCAAGGUUGAGCUAAGUGAAGAAAAUGUCUCACAGAAACAACUGAGAUUGCAAAGAAAGAGUAAUCCUGGCUUCACUUUGGAAAGAAAAGAUUGA